UGUUAAUCAAUCCAAAUUAAUUAUUGAUAAAAUUCAAAAUACUAUAGGAGAGUUAACAGCAUCUAAUGUUGCUGAAAAGCUUAACGAAAAUUCUGCAAAUAUAUUAAGUAAUUUAGAAAAAAACUCCAAUUUUCACGAUACUACUUCAGAUAGUCUAUCAUUUUUUAAGUUUAUAUUAGAUUUAUUUCAACAUUUUUUUAAACAAUUUGAUAUAUACGAUCAACAUAAUACAAUAAGAUCUAUUUUACUUAAUUACUUUCAGAGACAUAACAAAAAUCCGGCAACUGUUCUUAAUCAAUUAAUGAACUAUAAACACCAUUUAUAUUUUACUGGUAUAAUUGGAUUCUUUUUUCAAUAUGGAAUUGGAACUACUAUUGAUUUUCAAAAAGCGAUUGAAAUGUAUUCAAAAGCGACUGAACUCAAGGAUACUUUUGGUAACGUUCAAACUAAUACCAAAGGUGUUGUAACCUUAGUUAAGGAUCUUAUUAAAAAUAAUUGGAUAGUUU